AUGGAGGAAUUCAGGCGGAGAAAAGCAGCGCAUCAGGCCGUCAUCGACAGGAUCCGCGAGUACGAUUCCAAGACGGGGAAAGUCUGCUACACCCGAUUCUUCAACACGGACUUCUCCGUAUUUGACAUCGACGAGGAGUCUCCUUUGGCUCCAAUGCGAUACACUCACAAAACACCAUCCAAAUACACCAACUCACUCGGAAGACAGGUGUACGACGUGUCUGACUCUGUAAACAUCCUCUCAGUGAAGAUAGUCUCUUCGGAUGUGGGAUUUCCGCUAAAGGUGUAUGGUACCGUGAUUGCAAGAGAUUACCUCGAUUUCAAGUGUGUCUAUCUGUUCCGUCGCAGUACAGAGGAUUAUCAGCUCAUCAACUCAGAGGAUCAAUCGUUGAUCUUGACUGGACCAACUCGAGGACUUGUGUUACUAGAUAGUAUAUAUUUUGAGGUGGAUCUUAAGAUCAAGGAUGACCAAGGGAAGAAAGACCAAGAACUUAGCAAGGGACUGUGUGUGAUUGAUGGCAUAUUAAUGGGAGGGGAGGAACAUGGUCAUGUUGGACGUGAAGACCUUGAUAGCAGGCUGAGCACUGUAGAGGUGAAAUUUGCAGUAGUUAAACUUGCAGUGGAGGCUACCCUUGAAAUCAAGGUUCUCAAAGGAGAUUUCUAUGGAGAAAUCACAGCUUGCACCUCCAGGAUUCAGGAUCGCCUGGUGCUUCAUGAUAGCAAAGCAGGUGGUGUAAUCUGUGAUGGUACUGGAAUGCUCCAGUUGUGGCGCCGUGUUGUAACUGUUGGAAUGAAGGAUAUGCUUUUAUUAACGGUUGCUACCCAGGCUAGUGAUGUGGCAACUGCCUCUGCUACAAGAACCAUUAAUUUCACUCCACAUGUGAACGGUGCAGAGGAAGAUGAAAUUACCUGUGGUGCUGUUAAGAUACUUAUCAAGGUCAACUGGUCAUUAUUUCAAUUGUAA